UUGACAUUGUGAACGUCGGAGAUUACUUAACCAAUUACAUCAUGAACAAGUUGAAACUGUCAUCAAUUUCACAGAAUUUCAACAGAUUCAGAAGCAGAUAUAGAAUAUUUCUUGAUGGAUUACCUUUUCUGAUGUCAUUGUUUGUUGGUGCCGUCUUCCUGUCAAGAAUUACAAAGAAACGAUUUGUUAAGGACAAUGUGAUUAUGCCCACUAAAGAGGAGAUGUUAAAAGCUGGUAUUGACAUUGAUUCAGAUUUAGCUUCUGCGGAGUUGGAUGAUGAAUUAAAGAGGAUACAAGCAAAUCUUGACACUGAGAGCUGGAAAAAUGUGCCUAUUAAUAAAAAGUGACCUGAUCAUACUACUUCUAACACGUGCUGUGGUGCAGAUGACAUUUCAGACAGGACAAUCCUUCUGAGAACGAAUGAGGACUAAAUUCUGUAAAGGAUUACCAGUAUUGAUGAUGUGACCAUGAAACGGAUGCUAACUUCAUUCCGUAACUUUUGUUAAAAUGCUAUCAAUUUAUUUGAUAAUGUCAGCUAAGUAAUGUCCAAUUGAUAAUGAAGUCAGUAUUUCAAAAAUGUGUUUUAUAGAUUGUGUGAUUGUUCACCUGUCUGUUGAUAAACAUUGAAUUAAACAUAGCUGGUUAUUUUCCAUGAGGGGCAUCAACUUGAUAGUAAAAUAUGAAUUUGAAUUAGACAUAUGGAAGAACCCAACAUCAAACUGUCUUGAUGUCAAAGAAUGUGAUCAUAGUUUCAUAACUUCUGGACAUUGUUUAGAUCAACUUUCUUCUUCCUUUGUUUUUUCCUUGAAUACAAAGGAAAUUUCAUAGUUUUCUGUUGAAUAUUAUAUAUAUUUUAUGAGUUUGGCAGAAUGUUUAUAUUUUUCACUUGUCUUUGACAGGAAACUAUCGAAUAUAGCCAAAUUUUUUACUCUUUGAAAUUUAAUUAUUUCGCCUUAAACAGAAAUUAUGAAAGUUUUGACCUUUAAAGUGAACCAACUUUACAGCUUAUAUGUGAAUGAGGUUAUAUGAUAAUAACACAAUCAACAACCACCACACAACGUAUGAUGUACAGCUGGGAUUAUUGCAUUUUCAUAGAGUUUAAUUACUUACAAAAACAUUUUACAUUAUUUAUUUAAAUUUUGCAAGUGUGUGAACAGUGUGUGUUUUUAUUGUCACGUUUUAUACAUAUCUUGGUGGUGUGUGAGAAAAUGAUGUCAGUUGAUAUGUGGCACUUUACUAUUGGAUGUGGGUUUCCUCGAUUAUAGAAUUUUGGCCAUUUCUUGGUUCUGACCUAAAUACUGCAGGCAGAAUGUCAAUGUUUAUGAUGUCAGGACUAACAGGAACCAGUUCCUAUAUCUCACCCAGCAGAUGGUGUCUGAGUUAAUUACUUCCACUGAAGUGUGAGAUAAAAUGUUGAAAAUCAUCUAUUAAUUUAUCUGAUCAUUUUGUUGCAGUUUCUGCUGUAGAGGACUGUAUCUUAUGACCUGGAUUUGUCAUUUUCUGGGUAUAUACUGUAUAGGAGUUUUUAGAUUGGUCAGUUUGUUUUGAAACAAAAUCAAGAUAUUUUUGACUAAAAAAAUCAUGAAUUUUGGCUCUGAUUUUCUGUACUGAUUUUUUCAUGUAGCUUUAUUCCAUUCUUGGAAAUAACUGAAAAGAACUCCUAAAUAUAGUAACCAGUGUUGUGCUCUACAUACGUGGCUUAAAUGUUGAACAAGGUUUAAAGAUGACCACCAUUACCCCUAUGAAAUAGAAAUGAGAAUAUCUCUACCCUGAGGCUAAGAAUCUUACCUUGUUUGACAUUUGAAGAACCUAACCUAAAGGUUUUCAUUUCAUCAUGCCUUCCAUGGAUGGAUUUAUAAGAAAAUGGUUUAAGAGAGAUUUAUGAAUAAUGGGUGUAUAAGAUGUUUGAGGCAAAAAAUUGUAAGUUGAUUUAGAAGUUUGAAUAAAAAAUUGUUGAAGUCAA